UGUAAAUACCAUUCAAUCUAAGGAAAGUAAAAGUCGCGUAUACGAUUUGAAACUGCAGUUAAACAAUUCCUCGAUCAGUGUCACCAUGGACCUGAUCCUGCUUUUCGUUCUCUCUUACGCUGGAGUACACGGACUCGAGGAUCAAGUAAAUUCUAACGAACCGGCAGCUUUCAACGAAGAGCAUUUCUAUGCGCUUCAGCAUCGACACGUGGAAGAAUGGAAGUGCCUACAGAAGGUUGCCAACUUCCUAACAUCGAGAUGGAACAACGGAUUGAAAAAAGUAUCAGACGACGUCCUGGAUAAUGUACCGCUGGUGAAGCGACGAGACGAGAGGUACAGCACCGACGAAGAAGAAUGGCUACUGGAGGCAGGAUCAACUUCGAAUACCAUACAGUCGUGCGUUCUCGAAAUGAUGCAAUCAGGCAUAAUGACGACGAUGAAUGAGGAAGAUGGAAAAUGCUUCAAGGUAAUCCUCAGGAACUACGUCAUGGAAGAAGAGGCACAGGAGAAAACGUUCAAGAGAUUUUUGGAAUCGUCGCUCGAGGAGCAGCCACCAUUCCGCAGGUUCGUCAGCUUCGUCGAGAUGGUGGACUUGCUGUUCCAGUCGAAGAAACCGGACGCUCUCGACGAUAUAGAAAAAAAAGUUUUUGAUCAGAGUAAAAAGUACCUGAGAAAAGACGAGGAUAGAUUGGAUCGAACAUACAUAAUGGAGCAGGAGUGCGAAUGGAAGAAUGCCAAAGCAUUGCGCGAGACUGCAAAUGACGACGCGAGGUUCGUGGAAUUCGCACGUCAAGUACGGGACUCCGUAAACCAGAUGGUAGGGAAUAUAAUUUUGAGGCACUGGAACUCGAAUUCCACUCUGACUCAAUUACGGUACAUGGCCUGGCUGGAUGCCAGAAAGAAUAUGAUGAUGAACAUUGACGAAGAAAUUGCGAGAAUACGUUUUCAAAAUAAAGAUCCUCAGUGGCUGUGCAUGUGGGCGACACGAUUCGCUUACGAAUUGUCAAGAGAGCAGGGAUCCAUACUUGUCGAUCGAAGCAGCCGCGAUCGAGCGUCGGUGAAAAUCCUGGCCGAAGAGGAGCACAAAGAUCAGAAAAUGUGUUUCGAAGCAUUAACACACGUUGUAGAACACAACCAUCGGCUUACCAUCGCGCUGGCAGUCGUCGACGAGAUCUAUAACUAUCCCCAACUUUACUGCAAGAAUGAUCAAGAAAAUUUAGGCCGCAUUGCUCCUAUCUUUUGUAAAUGUAGUGGCACAAUAUGCGCCCCACACUCUAUCCCUUAUGUGUACUCGUACAAUUAUACCUUGGUUCAAGAAGGAAAUGGAACGUACAAAGUCACGUGUGAUUACUCCCCUAAGGAUCACUGGUUGGAAACGUAACGCUACUUUUACAUAUUUGUCAACAAUUUUCUGAUUGUGAUAUUACGUUAUUGUUAUUGUCUGUUUACUAAAAAAAUUUUAUGAUACUAUAUUGAUACAUUUUAUGUUGGAUUUAUGAUUGACGUACAUUGAGAAAAAAAUAAUAAUACUGAACUAUUUUCGCA